UACUCUUUUUAAAUUAGAGGUGGAAUCCCCAAGCUCUGCUCUGCCAUAACCUCAAAGCCAAGUGCCAGCUGCUGCCUGCCCGUCCCUCCCCAUCCACCGCUACCAAACCCUCCAGGACGCGGCUGGAGGCAGCACGCUGACUGAUCGCCUCGAGCAGGCUGUGGGUUCGCAGCAGCAGCUCGCUGCCUCUGACAUCACUCCUGGAACUCACAUCCCACUCUGAGCUCCCUUCAUUAGUCGGUCUAUCGCUUGGCAGAGGAAGCAGGAGACGCUGCGAGGAGGAUCGGUGAGGAAAAGAACGAAACAGGGAGGCUACAUCAUGAAAUUCUUCCCUGCUUAUUACUUGCUGCUGCUUUUUCCUGCACUGGUCUUCAGCACUAGACAGGGCUAUGAAGAAUUAGAGAGACAACUAAAAGAAGUCUUUAAGGAAAGAAGCAAUAUUCUUCAUCAGCUGUUGAAAACUUCCAAAGAACUUGAGGGAAUUAAAGUAAAUCUCCAGUCUUUGAAAAACGAUGAAGCAUCAGCCAGAAGUGAUGUGCAGAAACUUCUGGAACUAGGCCAAAAGCAAAGACAGUCAUGUAGUCUGGAUUCUGCUGAUCAUAACAUUAACAGUAAGAUAAAGGCAAGGAACUCUAUAUUGUGAAAAGAACUUGAAACA